AGUGUUUUGUCGUUUCCUUAUCCGAAAGGAUCUCUAUCCCGCUUCGACGAGGCACUUGACCUCCCUUCGGCGCGCUCCUGCUCCCAGAGUGACGCAAAAAAAAAAAAAAAAAGAAAAGAAAGAAAGAAGAAAGAAAAGGAGAAGUGGGCUGGCGGAGCGCUGAGUGCAGUAGUUCGGAGGACUACCGGGGGCGCACCGAGAAACUCACUACAGUCAAGCAGACCUCGCGCAGAGCGCCUGUCCCGGACCGGCCGCCUCUCCCUCGGAUGUUACACCCAACUGCAAAGACUUUGUCGGCGGAGUUACCGGGAUGUGUACGGAUGUGUGCGAGACAGACAAGACUGACUUCCCCCCCAAAAAAAAACAACUUGUAGCAGCCUCCUCCAUUCACUAAGUUGGGAGGUUGAUGAAACUUUUUCUUGAAUGAGUAUCCCGCCUCUGGCUGGCACAUCUGGACGCAGGGUGAGCGCAGCUGUCAAGUCCAGCGCCAACUCGUUGCCGGACCUGACCUGACCCCCCCUCCCUCCACUUUCUCAGUCCUCUUCUUCACUUUGAAGCGGAAUAUUGGACUUUCAACCUUUUUUAUUGAUUUUUUUAUUUAUUUAUUCAAACAAAGUUUUUGUUUCUUUUUUAAAAAUGAUUUUAAGGCACAACAUGGAACACUCAGUCCUCAGAAUAACAUGCGUCUUGGUGGUUGUCUGUCUCUUGGAUAAAAGGGUAGACUCCAACGAAAUCUUGGGCCUGAAGCUCCCCAACAUCGAUCCGAUCCUGAAUGCCAACACCGUGUGUCUGACGCUUCCGGGAUUGACGCGGCGCCAGCUGGAGGUGUGCAUGCGAAACCCAGACGUGACCGCCUCGGCAAUCCAGGGAAUCCAGAUCGCCAUCCACGAGUGCCAGCAUCAGUUCCGAGGUCACCGCUGGAACUGCUCCAGUCUGGAAACGCGGAACAAAAUACCCUACGACAGCAUUGUCUUUAAAAGAGGUUUCCGAGAGAGCGCCUUUGCGUACGCCAUCGCGGCAGCGGGCGUGGUGCACGCAGUGGCCAACGCCUGCUCCAUGGGAAAGCUGAAGGCAUGCGGCUGUGACGAGAAGCGGCGUGGCGACGAGGAGGCCUUUCGCAUCAAACUCCACCGACUGCAGCUGGAGGCCAUCCACCGGGGGAAGGGCAUGGUACAUGGCGUCAUGGAGCAUUUUCCCGCUGACCUGCCGGGACCCCAGGACUCCUGGGAGUGGGGUGGCUGCAGCCCCGACGUGGAGUUCGGAGAGAAGUUCUCGCGGGACUUCCUGGAUGCGCGCGAGACCUACAAAGACAUCCAUGCCCGUAUGAGGCUGCACAACAAUAGAGUUGGGAGACAGGUGGUGCUCGAACACAUGAGAAGGAAAUGCAAGUGCCACGGCACAUCGGGGAGCUGCCAGCUGAAGACCUGCUGGCAGGUCACCCCAGAGUUCCGUGUGGUGGGCUCAAUCCUCAAAGAGCGCUUCCACAUCGCCACGCUUAUCAAAGCACACAACCGGAACACCGGACAGCUCGAACCAUCAUCAGAACAACCACCAUCACCACCACCACGCGCACCGCGGCGGCCAAGCGUCAACGAGCUGGUCUACUUUGAAAAGUCGCCAGACUUCUGCGAGCGAGACCUGGGCUCGGACUCGGCCGGCACGCAGGGCCGGAUCUGCAACAAGACCAGCCCGGGCAUGGACAACUGCGAGAGUCUGUGCUGCGGGCGGGGACACAACAUCCUGCAGCAGACGCGCAGUGAACGCUGCAACUGCAAGUUUCACUGGUGCUGCUACGUGGUCUGCGAAGAGUGCAGGAUAACAGAGUGGGUCAGCGUCUGCAAAUGAAGAAACGCAUCGAAAGACUAAACAAAGAAAACAAAGAAAAAGAGACCAUUUGAAAUCUAGACUGUUCAUUUGAAAGGGGGAUAUGACUAAAAUAUAUGUACCCCGUUCGUUUUUGCGGUGGACUGCUGUUUUCCAGAAGAGCAAAGACAGUGUGUGUGCGUGUGAAGCGGUUGAGCCAGCAGAAAGAUACAGUGGAUGUGCAUGUUGGAAAAUGAGUGUGCACACGCAGCAGAUGUGUAAAGCUGCCACAACUCAGAGAGCUUGGAUGUUUACUGCCUUCCUCUUGAGACAAAGGAACAUAGCUACAUCAGAUGCAUAUCUGAAAACUCCAAAAAUGAGCGAUCUCAGCUCUGAAAACAAAAUCGUAUUGUUCUCUUGAGCACAAGUUGAGUGAGGUUCAGCUGAAUGAGAUUCAGGUGAGCGACGAGGAAGUUGAGACUAAGCAGUAGAUUGCAUGCAUAAAGAAAAGAUAUUGCGUCAUAGCACCAGUGAUAUAUAUACAGGGUGGAGAGGUGGAUGUCUGCCUCCCAUGAAACUUUAAAUAAUGGGGGAGGACAUCUAAAAACAUUUCCAACUAGAUCAAUAUUUAAACAGCAGUCCCUCCGUUUUCUGUACGAUAAUUUACAGCAUAAACAUCUCCAUCCACCUCCAUCUACCACAUACAGGGACGGUGAUAGUCCUUUUCAUACAUCAGGUUUGACAAUGCACAGGAUUUGAUAUAGCACAACGCAUUUGGAGCUCUUCAGGAUUUAGUGCCUUGUCCAAGGGCAGAGUUACAGUGUCGGUGUUCGAGUCAGGUUAUAUAGAUUACACAGGGGUUUGUCUGGCUCAGAUGUAUUAGUCAUAAUUUUAACCCUGCUCAAAUUAACGACACCACCCAAUGAGUCAAUCCAUGCAACUUGGCAGAAAAGUUAGAGUUGGGUACAAAAUCAAGUCCAGGGGCAGACUGGACUAUUUAGUGUGAAUGCGGAUUCAGCAUUCAUGUAUUAGAGGUUUGCAUUAUGGGGCAAACCUUUAUAAUAACUGAUGGCGUCUGUGGAAAGGAGGAACUUCUGAAACUUGCUGCUACUGCUUCCCAUGACUCCUCAUAUCAGGCCCCUCACAACUGAAAGCAGUUCCUUCAAUGACAAAUCAGCUUUCGAUACAGUUAAGAACAAGCACUAUCCCUAUACACUAUAAUAAUCACUUUUUGACCCGAUCGCUGUUUGCAAACGAUUGUGACACAAAGCUCGUACAUCCCGUUUUCAGACGUCCCUAGAACGCAGCACAGACACGUUGUCCUGCAUUGGUCAUUAUCCGAAAUGUACCAUGUGUAGUCUGUGUGCGUGUGUGGGUGGUAUGUGAUGUAAGAGCCCCCUCAGCGUACACCGAGUGCACAGAAGACCUACAUUUAACAAAUACAGCUUUCAUCUUCAGCACGAUCUGAACAGUAUUGUAAAUAAAACGUAUUAAUGCUGCACAAAUAUCAUCAAUACAUUUAAAAGUGCCUCAGGAGACUGAGUGCUCACGAACAUGCUUCAGUUCCUCACACUCUUAACAUCCAAAGUGUUUCCUGUUUUGUGAUGCAAUGUGCUGUGCGUGUGUGACACUGUAAGCGUCUUGUAAUAUAUCUACACUCACCGCCUUCACACUCCUUUGAUGUGUACAACGUACAUUUUGAUGUCAACUUCAUGGUAUAUUAAUAACAAAGUUGAUAUAGAUUUCUGCCAGUGCACAUUUUGAAGGUCAUAUUCGAUCUCGAGUAACUUGUAUGAGUGAGGCUCCUUAUCAGACUGUAAUUUAUUUCAAGCUAAAAUGUGUAAGUGUUGAAAACAGAUGGGGAUAAUGCUUCCAGUGUAACAGAUUAUUUUGGUUCUGAUAAGUAGUUUGCACAUACAGAACUGUAUCCAGGAAAAACUCUGGGAAAGUAUCUAUAAUAUGCAGUUUAUUUCAUGUCUUAAAUGUAAUGUAUGUUUGUAUUUUUAUGUUUUAAUAUGGCUAUUAUCUAAGUUAUUUUAUUUUUUGUGGAUAACUUAAUAUUUGUAAGACAAUAAAGAAAGACAAUAAUAUUGAACGGGGCUCUAAUGUGAUGAAUAAUAAAAUACAUGAAAACAGUG